GCAAGGGGAGGAGGAGGGAGAAGAGAAUAGAAGAGAAGGGAAGAGUAGAAGGAACGAAGAAGGAAACAAAGCAAGCGUGGUUUAAUGGCUCGCGCUCUCUUCUGCGAAGAAUGAGUACUUUUUUUCCUCUUCACUCAACACCUGUCUUUCUCCCUUACCCCUCUUCUCUCUUCUCUCUUCUCUCCUAAAUUUGGAAAUUUCCGUUUCUUCUCUCUCUCUCUCUAUCCUUCUCUCUAUCUAGUUCUCUCUAACCCUCUCUCUCUACCGAAUUCUUAUUCCUUUCAUUUUUUUCUUGUUUCCUUCUCCGUCGCUUCACUAUCUUCUCCAUCUCUCCUUCCAUCUUUCGAUUUCCUUCCGUAUUGUUUAUUUCUUUGAUUGUGCAAUCGUUUCUUGCGGAUCGGAAUCGAUCGAUAGCUUUUAUGUUCGAUUCUUUGUUGCGUUAAUUCGUUCGGAUAGGGUUUUUGUGUUCGUCGUCUUCGUUUCUGCUGAUUGAAUCGAUUUCUUCGAUUGUUCCCAGGGCGGAUAGCAAGAAAAAAAAAAAAAAGGUGGGGGUUUUUUUUUUCUUCUUCUCUUUUAGUUAUCGCUUAUUGAUUGGAAUUUAGAACCCUAAAAAAGGCCAUCCAAAAUAUCUGUUGAUUGUAAUGGUAUGAUACAAUUCUCUUUUUAUUUUCGUUCUGUUGAUCGAUUGUAGCUCUUUUCUUAAGUUCUCGAACAAAGAAACUCGGUGAAAUUUUUGGUGCUUUGUUUUUGUUUGCCAUCCAAAAUCGAGAGUUUUCUUGUGGGAUCUUCUAUUCUAGGGUUUGCAUUUCCUUCUUCUCUUAGGGUUUGGUAUUCAGAUUUUGUCCAUCAAUUUCCUUUUUUUUCCCCAUUUAUCGUCUUCCAUCUUCUCAUCUUAUUACCCCCUUUUUGCAAUAAAAGGUAUCGACCUCUAGGUGUCGAUUGAUCUUUUCUUGAUUCUUUUGUUUUGGGAGGAGAAGGAAAUACGUAUUUUCUGCGUAUAGAAUGACCUUGAAUUUUUCUAGUCGGCCCAUCUUUCCUGCUAAUCCGUCCGAAGACAAUUUACUAUCUUCCCUUAGAAUUGCCAACGGCUACGUUGUGGAAGGAAUAUCUGACAAGAACUCAAAUGGUUUUGGUAAGCCACGGCAUUUCAACUGGGAAAUUGAGGAUUCCUAUGAUUGCAGAAGGGACCGAGCUGAUAGGGAAUGUUAUCACGAGCCAAUCUCCAAUGAUAUUCUUGACAUCCUUCCGUCGGAUCCCUUUGGCAUGGAUAUAAGUGCUACUUUUACCGCUAUCACGGGUUGGAUCGAGGAUAUGGAAGCAGAUUCUGAGAAUUACGUGAGAGAUGAAGCUGGAGCAAUGAAGGGAGAUUAUCAAUUUGUUGCAGGGUUGAAUUUUAUCUGGAACAGUGCCUUGAGGUUUCAGACGGAGCCAGGGUCCAUUGGAAUUGGUGAAAGAUCAAGCCCAGUUGGUGUGUUUCAUGGAUGGGUGAAGGACAAUGAAUUUGGGGAUGGAUCGUGUGACGGUGGCUUCGGAUCAGUUACAGCAGUAUGCAAUGUUGAGGAGACCCCGAGUUCUAAUGAUGAUGAUUCUUAUGCUGCUGCUUGUCAUCAAUCCAAUGAGUGUCAUGAGGCUGCUGAAGAUUGUCCGCAUGGAGAAGAAGCAGAAGCUCCACAUGAGGGUUUGCUCCUUUCCCUUGGUUAUCUUGGUGUGCAGGAUCUCCUUUCUGCUGAAAGGGUUUGCAGAACUCUGUGUUCUGCAGUGCAAAAUGAUUCCCUCCUGUGGAUGAAUAUUCAUAUAGACCAGCCAUUGAGUGAAAGGAUCACAGAUGAUGCUCUUAUGCUGUUAAUUGGCCGAGCUCAAGGUAGUUUGCAAUCUUUGAGUCUAGUGGAGUGCUCAAGGAUCACAGAUGAUGGUCUGAAACGCAUACUUGAAACUAAUCCAAGACUAAAGAAGCUGAGUGUGCCAGGAUGUACGAGACUCAGUGUUGAAGGAAUUGUGAAUAACUUGAAGGCCUUCAAGUUGUCCGGGGCACCUGGGAUAAAGCACCUAAGGAUUGGUGGUCUUUAUGGUGUAACAAAUGAACACUAUGAAGAGUUGAAGCUCUUGUUGGGUUCAGAAAAUUGUCAACAGUCGAAAGAUCAUAAACCACGAUAUUUUCACUGUGGCCAUUUGUCUCUCUCCUGUGAUGAUGAUCGUGCUAUUGAUAUUGAGAUGUGUCCAAGAUGCCAGAAUUUGAGACUGGUCUAUGAUUGCCCUGCAGAGAGCUGCCAAGGGCAGCAGACUGCUGCACAGUUGUGCAGGGCAUGCACACUCUGCAUUGCACGUUGUGUCCAAUGUGGGCGCUGCAUCAAUGAUGGUGAAUAUGAGGAGACAUUCUGCCUGGACUUGCUUUGUUCAAGCUGCUGGAAGCAAUUACUGAAUUGCCCAGAAAGACAAGAGGAAAAAGAUGUUACGACAAAGAACACCAUUUUCCACCAGGAGACAGCAAGGUACCAUAUUCAUCUCGAUGGCUAAAAGGGUUAGGUCAUAAUUUUUUUCUUUUGGCUUCAAUGUUUGUGAGGAAUAGUGUCAUUGGCAGUCCAUAAAUUUAACCAAAGAUGACAGCAUACAUGACAAGGUGAUUCUUUUCCCAUCUGGUUAACUUUGAGUCAGCUGGUUUAAUGUUGGUUUAAUCUUUUUGAAUGCACCCCGACUGGCAAGGAGGGUUGCGUUGGAAAACCUUAUUAUUUUCUGAAAGAAAAAGAAAGUAUUAAAUGGUGAAAAAUUAGUCUUUGAAGAAUGAAAUACACCGGAAAAAAGGAAAAGAAAAACAAGAUGCAUGAAAACAUAAGGAUGAUGAGAAAAAUAGAGGUGUUGAGAGGGGAAGCAUUCUAGUUUUGAGCUUGUCCUCUAUAAAUGGUCAUCUCUGUCGACAUUUUAAGACUUACCUAUUAAAGCUUGGAAGAACAAGAAUGUGGUUUAUAUGUUUGGCUGUGUUAGUUGGGAAUGUUGCUGUGAUGCUGUCUAAGUGGGUCAGUUCAUAUGGCCUGUCACCAAUGGAAUUAAGUUUCAAAUCAAGCUACCAAUAAAAGUUGUAGGAGUUCAGAGAAUGAGAGCAUGAUUUAUGUACCUGUGAAAGUUGUGGGUGCUGCUGUUGAAAUGGGCUUUCCACCUGCCUGUUGCCAGUCAAAUAGAGAAGACCCAUCUGAGGGAAGUGGCUGGAAAGUGGGAAAGGAUGAAAGGAGUGGACAGAUGAAGUUGUGAUAUAGUUUUUCUGACCAUUGCAUUGCCUGCUCUGGGGAAAUGCAGUUCGCAGUGCGCCUGCGCCUGCGCCUGCGCCUGCGCCGUACACUUUGAUGAACAGAUAUUCUGGACUGAGUUGUAAUGUUUGCAAUUAAUUUCCGUUGUACGCCAUCAGGGCAAUCGCAUCCUCUUUGGGUUCUUUCAUCCAUUGACUGACUCACUGUUGAGAAUAGAGAUGGUAUAUUAUCUUUAACCUAGCAACCUCUCUUUAGGUUUUUUCUUUUCUUUUUUUUUCUUUUUAAUGGAGUUAUCUACUGCUAUGUUAUAUUUGACUCCUACAUCCUCUCCUCUACAAUGUGGAACAUUACAUGUAAUGACAGCUUGGCUGGGAAAAAUAAAAUGCUUCCUCUGCUUUUGUUUUUC